AUGGCGUCCAUGACAGCCCCAACUCCAGAUACGCUGGUUACCCUCAAGGUGAAUAUUGAGGGUAGCAAUCGAAGAUUCAAGCUUCCUCUUCGUGAUCUCGGUGCUAGCACUCUUCCCGAUAAGGCUAUCUUUGAGAGAUACUCCGAUAGUGCUGCUGCCUUCAUCGUACUCGAUGCAACCAAUCCUUCAGUUUACAAACAAUUGUAUCGUGCUGCCAAGGCUAAGCUUAAGCUUAGACUCAAGGUCACCAUCAAGGACAAAGAACCAGUCGUGCCAAAGCCAGCUUCCGUCGAGGAUGAAGAAUCAACUUCAGCCAAGCCUCUUGUAGCACAACCUGAAUACCCCUCAUUCACCAUUCCCGUAUCACACCCAUCAACCACUGAGAUCCCUAACGCCAGACGUAGCGUCGCUUUCGACUCGGAGGCGAGAACGGAAGCACAAUACAAGGAGUCGAGUGCCGCUGUGCAAGUGCAAUCCAAAGUACAAGAGCAGAUUGAAGCAAUUAUCUCCCUACAAAAAUCCUUUGAUGAGAUGGCUGUCUCUAAUAAUCACGCCGCUUACCAAACAGCAAUCGAACACGCAAAGCCACUUCCUGCCUACUUGCUGGACCGAUAUGACGUGGCUUCAGGAAGCUCAAAGUCACCAGAACCUGUUUAUAUCCACUAUCAUUGCAGCACCUGUGAUAAUGGUGAUUUCGACUUGUGCCCAGAGUGUAACGAUGCUGGAGUCACCUGCAAUGGUGAUCACUGGUUGAUUAAACGCAUCGUGGAUAAGGGUCAAUACAUUCACAGCACAACCGAAAAGCUCGCCCCUAAACAACUUUCUGGCUACAGAGAUAACAAGCUUCAAUUCUCCGACUCUAAGACUACCCUCGUCGCUCCCGCAGUCGAAGAGAAGGAACCGGUUCCCACCCGCACUUGCAACAGCUGCAUCUCCGAAAUGUCCGAAGAGAACUUUGUCACUUGCAUCGAUUGUGCAGAUUUCGAUUUGUGUAUUCAAUGCCACGUAUCAUUGAAACAUGGCCACAACCCUAAGCAUGCUUUCGCUUUCGUGGAUGAGGAUGCUAACUUUGGUCCAAUGGCCUCCGCUCUUCUCGCCGCAGGUCGUAACGCCUCUCACUCUGCUAUUUGUGAUGGAUGUGAUAGAAACAUCUUUGGUGUUCGUCACAAGUGCCUUGAUUGUCCAGAUUGGGAUUACUGCGAUGCAUGCAUUGCGAAUGCUACCUUCAUCCACCAAGGUCACAGAUUUGUACCUCUCUAUGAACCUGUCAGUCGCUCGUGUGCCCAACAACAAGCUAGCAGAGUUCGUCACCAUGGUAUUUUCUGUGAUGGACCUCUUUGCAAAAACAAGCACCACACCGAAGACAACAAUGGUAACGUGUCUCCCGCUUAUAUCACUGGAGAUCGUUACAAAUGUGCUGUCUGCCAUGACACCGAUUUCUGUUCUGUUUGUGAGGCCAGUCCAUCCAACACUCACAACAAGACCCAUCCUUUGAUUAAGUUCAAGACACCUGUUCGCAAUGUUAGCGUUACCACUCUUGGUGAUCAUCCAAAUGGUAAACCCAUGGCACCAAUGGGUGAUCGUUUUGCUCCAACAAUUUCAAAGGCAACUGAGACCACUCCAACUCAGUCCACCAAUGCUGCAACACAAGUUCAAACCGUUGCUGAAGUUAAGCCUGUUGUUGAGGCUAAACCUGUUGAGGUUGAGCCUGUCUCUGAGAUUAAGGCUGUUGCUGAGGUUGAACCGGUUGAGGUCAAGGAGGAAGUUAUCGAGGAGGUCACUGAAGAAGCUCCAGCUCCCGUUGAAGAGGAAUUGGUUGCACACUUUGUUCGUGAUGCAGUCGCUGAUGGUACCAUCAUGACACCAAACUCAGUUUUCGAACAAACCUGGUAUCUCCGCAAUGGUGGUAAGACAUCUUGGCCUGCAGGUUGCAGUGUUAGAUUUGUUGGUGGCGAUAACAUGUGUGCUGUUGACCCUGAACACCCAGCCAGUGUACAUGAACUUGUCAGUGCUGCUGAGAGCACAACUUGUUAUACUGAAGUCGCUCCUGGUCAAGAAUACGGUUUCACCGUCUUGAUGAGAACUCCAAACCGUGCUGGUAGCUUCAUUUCAUACUGGCGUCUUACCACUCCUACUGGUGAUAAAUUUGGUCACAGACUUUGGUGUGAUAUUACUGUCAAUGAGCCAACUCCAGUCAUCAAGACUGAAGUUGCUGAGACUGAAGCUCCUAAGGUUGAAACUCCUAAGGUUGAAGCUACCAAGGUUGAAGCUCCUAAGGUUGAAACUCCUAAGGUUGAAGCUACCAAGGUUGAAGCUCCUAAGGUUGUAGCUGAUGAGCAAGAGCUUGCCUCUGAAGUCUCAUCCGAGGUUCAAGACUUACCUGAAGCCGAGACUAGUCAAAUGAUUUUCCCAAAGCUUGAAAAGGAAUCUCCAAUCUCAAGCAUUCAUGAAGCUCAACCAUCACCAAAGGUUGUUCCAACUUCCGAAGAAAUUUUCAACGAUGACUUUGAGGAAUUCAAUCAAAACUUCGAAGAUGAUGAGGCUGAGGAUGGAUUCAUGACUGAUGAGGAGUAUGAUAUUCUCGAUGCCAGUGAUGAGGAAUACCUUGCCGAGCAAGAAUCAGAAUCUAAGAAGUAA